AUGAACCUUUGGAUCGGUCUAAUUCUUUUUCCUCUGGUUUUUGGAGUCCCCUCAGCUACCGAUGGCACCAUUAAGCUUACCACAAAUAUCAAAUUUGACGACCAAUUCAACAAAAAAUCGGUAAAAUACGGCAUUUUUUUGUUUAAAACUUGUACAUUAAAAUUAAGUUUUAUGAAAAGUUCUGUGAUUUUGAUCCUAUGAUUACAUUAUUUCAGGAUGAUUUAAAAGCCGCGUGUUUCGAAACGUUGCGUGUUGAACGGCGCGUCAAUGAAUCGCUGCAACUGGAUUGGGACAAGGAAUUAUGCCCAGAUCCCAUCAAAAUUGAUAUUGUCAUUGCCGAUGCAGAAGAUCGGGAGGAACUUGCUCAAGCUGAGGAUAUAAAUGGAGGUCAAUUGCUGGGAAAAAUUGGAAAUCAAACGUAUUCAUAUGUCAGAGCGGAAGAAAAAUUGGAAUGUAAGAAUAACGAGGUCCAAAGGGAGGAAACGAUGUAUAUUAUGGAGAGUAAAUUGGUGCUGGGAGAUAAAAAAUGUGGUGAAGAAAGAAGUAAGUGUAAUAUUCAUUAAUUAUGCGAAAGAGAAAACGUUUUUGUAAUAAUUUAGUGGUCGCAAAAUUAACGGAUCGUUUUCCAAUUUUUUCUUGAAAAUUAAAAAUUUUUUGAAAAUCCCGUAAGUAUCUCACAAUACGACGACAAUUAUUAAUUUUUUUGACAUUGUCAUGAUGAAUGAUUUACAUGAUUUUUAGGGAAGAUCUUGACAUUUUACCUCGUUUUACCGCACAGUUUAUUCCCCCAAACCAAAUUUCAGAAAAUUUAUGCCCUUUUUAGCUCAAAAAAACAAACUAAAAUUUUUGGGUGCCCUUCGUGGCAUUUACAGAUGUAUUAGACAGGAUUUAAAACUCGUUAAUUACUCCCAAAUUCUAAUUCUGGGGUUUAAUUUUAUCCCAUUACCGUAAUCCUUCAACUUUCAGAUGACAAAUUCUCGGUCAUCCAAUUGGUCACCGUGAUCAGUAGCAGCAUGGUCGUCGUCUGUUUUAUUGUCUGGCUGAUGGUUCGUUAUGUGGAAAGGGAAAAACAAGUAUUUGUGAAGAAUAUUGAGUCCAAAUAUAGACAAAAAGGAUCGAUCCGAGAGCCGAAAACAGCCAUAGAGAAAUCACGAAAAGGAGGCGCCACGGAUAGUGUUAGUGCCGUUGCAAGUACUCAGAAAGGAAGUGCUGAAUAG